CCGAUGACUUCAGGAACCUCGGGGAGCCUCGGGUGGCGGGUUCUUCUUGGGGGAGGGUUGUCUGCUCAGGAUCGGGGUGUCUGCGGGUGUUGGGGAGUCCCCCGGAGUAGUGACUGAGGCUCCGAGUUCCGGUCCCGUGCUGCCACUUUGGAGAGUUCGAGGACACUUUAUGAUUUCGCCAGUCCUCCAGGGGUUACGGUAAGGAGGCGGAGCUUCAGCGGGGAAUUGGCGCGAGGGACGGGCCGCUCGUCCAAUCGGAAGUCUCGAGCUCUGCCUCCCCCGCCCGCGUCCCGCCCGCUGGGUCCAUGUGCCUGCAUCUGAGGAGCCCGGGCUGAGCCUGGGACUUAGUUGGGCGUCUCUGCCGGAGCUGGAGGGAGGGAAGGAGGAGAGGCUCCGGCUCCAGCUGCGGCUCAGCUCGGGACCCACGGGCGAACCCCGACCCCGACCCCCUCCAGGGAAGCGCGGAGCGGACCGGGCAGGUGGGGCCAUGGCCAGGACCCCGGGACUCCGGCCUCGGGGACGCUGACGGGGCAGAGGCAGCCUCUCCUCCCCUUUCCCACGAGCCGGCACCGGACGCCCGGGGACCCAGCGUCUGCCUCCCCAGCCAUCGAGGGCUGCCGACCGUCCCGCCGAACAGGGGCUUCUCCCCGCCGGGCUGCGGGCGGCGCCCGCCCUGCCUCCCCCCGGGGUCGGGGAGCCCGCCCCCCACGCCGGGCCAUGCCAUGCCGCCGGACCCGAAGGACACGCUCUACAUAGUGCUGGAGCUGGUCAUCGCCGGCCUGUCCAUCGCGGGCAACGUGCUGGUGUGCUGCGCCGUGGCCACCAACAGCACCCUGAAGACGGCCACCAACUACUUCCUGGUGUCCCUGGCCGUGGCCGACAUCGCCGUGGGGCUCCUGGCCAUCCCCUUCGCCAUCACCAUCAGCGUGGGCUUCUGCACCGACUUCCACAGCUGCCUCUUCCUCGCCUGCUUCGUGCUGGUGCUCACCCAGAGCUCCAUCUUCAGCAUGCUGGCCGUGGCCAUCGACAGGUACCUGGCCAUCAAGAUCCCGCUCAGGUACAAGAGCUUAGUGACUGGGACGCGGGCCAGAGGGGUGAUUGCCGUGCUCUGGAUCCUCGCUUUCGGCAUUGGCCUGACCCCCCUCAUGGGAUGGAACAACAAGGCCGACGCCCUCACCCACAACUGCACCAACGGAACCGGGGACGACAAGUGCUGCUCUGUGAAAUGUCUCUUUGAGAACGUGGUCACCAUGCCUUACAUGGUCUACUUUAACUUCUUCGGCUGCGUCCUGCCCCCGCUGCUCAUCAUGCUGGCCAUCUACAUCAAGAUCUUCCUGGUGGCCUGCCACCAGCUGCGGCGCAUGGAGCUCAUGGACCACUCGCGGACCACGCUGCAGCGGGAGAUCCACGCGGCCAAGUCCCUGGCCAUGAUUGUGGGCAUCUUCGCCCUGUGCUGGCUGCCCGUGCACGCCACCAACUGCCUCACCCUCUUCAAUAAAGACUUUGCCAAGACCAAGCCCAAGGAGCUGAUGCACACGGUCAUCCUGCUGUCGCACGCCAACUCCGUCGUCAACCCCAUCAUCUACGCCUACCGCAUACGGGACUUCCGCUGCACGUUCCGCAAGCUCAUCUCGAGGUACGUCCUCUGUCAGACGGAUGACCUCCCCAAGAGCGGCAACGGACAGUCGGGGAUGACGCAGACCCUGGACGCGGACGUAUGACCCUGCGUGACCCAGGACCGGCACGGCGGCGAGCGCCUGGUCUUCCUCCGAAUCUGAACGGACGACGGUCCGCGAGGGCCGACAAAUGGAAACGGACCUUUGUGGUACCCGGUCCCGCCGCCGGUCCCACGUGGACUGGACGACGAGGCCGGGGGUUCCCGGGGGAGCUCUCGGCCGAGGCCGCCCCACGGCUGCUGACGUGCUGAGUGCUCCUCUCCAAUGGGAAAGGAUUCCAGCCGCUGUCACUGUGAAUUCCCCCGCUCAGCAGGGACGUUUCCCUGAGGUGAUGGGACAACCUGACAAAGAGGUUGGCUCUUCCGACACACGGGAAACUGCUCCCCCUGGAAGUGGCCAGAACAACACUACAUCGGGGCCUGGGGAUGGCCGGGCUCGGGAGGGAAGCUUGUUCAAGCUCGCCACCUAGUGAUUCCACACUGGAGAGUGGGUCUCCUCCCUCCUCUCAGAAGGGCUGCCGGGGCCAACAGCAGUGGAGGAGCCGUCCUGCCGGCUUUCCUUUUUCUGGGGUGCCGGGGGGGAAAAGAGGGGGAAGGGUUGCCCACUUGGCCUCGGAGGGGAAGAGGAAGCUUCAGCAGCUGCUCUCUGCUUCUGGUCCUCCCCGCCCUGUGCAGCGAGCCUACCCAAGCAUGGGGCAAAGAAAUGGCUGAGCUCAGACUGUGAGAUUUUCACCUCAUUUGCAGUGUAUGUGUCCAGAUGUAGUAUUAGCUCAAAGCUGAAAAUAAUUUAAGUGAAUUAAAAAUAAAGCUUUUUUUUAUAUAAAAAAUUUAAUGUAGCAAACCACA